AUGGAGUCGUCGUCGGCGGGGUACGUGGACGUGCCGCUCGGCAACGAGCCGGAGCACCAGCAUCAGCCGCCGCCGGCGACGACGGGGCCGGUGAUGAGGAAGCAGCCGUCGCGGCUGGCGUCCGGGAUGAAGCGGCUGGCGUCGAGGGUGACCUCCAUCCGGGUGCCGGACUCCGUCAUGGGCCUCAAGCGCUCGCACUCCAGCGCGCAGCCGGCGCUGCGUGGCCUCCGGUUCCUCGACAAGGCGUCGGCGGGGAAGGACGGGUGGAAGUCCGUCGAGAAGCGGUUCGACGACAUGAGCGGCGAGGACGGCCGCCUCCACCAGGAGAACUUCGCCAAAUGCAUCGGCAUGGCGGAUUCCAAGGAAUUUGCAGGCGAGGUCUUCGUGGCGAUGGCCAGGAGAAGGAAGAUCGAUCCAGACCAAGGACUUUCGAAAGAACAGCUCAAGGAAUUUUGGGAGGAGAUGUCUGACAAUAACUUCGAUGCACGGCUACGGAUAUUUUUUGACAUGUGUGACAAGAAUGGUGAUGGAAAGCUCACAGAAGAUGAGGUUAAAGAGAUUAUCGUGCUCAGCGCCUCAGCAAACAAGCUCUCGAAGCUGAAGAAACAUGCCGCGACCUACGCCUCGCUGAUCAUGGAAGAGCUGGACCCUGAUGGUCGCGGUUACAUUGAGAUUUGGCAGCUGGAGAAGCUACUCCGUCGGAUGGUAAUGGCUGAGGGAACACAAGAUCAGAUGGACCAGGCGUCAACAAGCCUUGCGAAGACAAUGGUUCCUUCCAGUUACCGGAGCCCAAUGCAGAGGCGUAUGACCAAGACUGUUGACUUCAUCCAUGAGAACUGGAAGAGGAUAUGGGUCAUUGCAUUGUGGGGAAUCGUCAACAUUGCCCUCUUCAUUUUCAAGUUUGUGCAAUACAGGAGGCGGGAGGUCUUCGACGUGAUGGGCUAUUGUGUCUGCAUCGCAAAGGGUGCCGCUGAGACAACCAAGCUGAACAUGGCCCUUAUACUGCUCCCGGUGUGCCGAAACACAUUGACAGCGCUCCGAUCAACUGCUCUCAGCAAUGUCAUACCAUUUGACGAUAACAUAAACUUCCACAAGGUUAUUGCACUGGCAAUUGCAAUUGGAGCAGGUACUCAUACACUUGCUCACCUGACCUGCGACUUCCCAAGGUUGGUCUCGUGUCCAAGUGACCAGUUCCAGGAGAAGCUGGGGCCCUUCUUCAACUAUGUUCAACCAACAUGGGGAUCACUGUUUGCAAGCACUCCAGGAUGGACUGGCAUCCUCCUGAUCCUCAUAAUGUCAUUCUCCUUCACACUGGCGACACACUCCUUCAGGAGGAGCGUCGUGAAGCUGCCGUCGCCGCUGCACCACCUUGCUGGCUUCAAUGCCUUCUGGUAUGCCCACCACCUGCUGGUGUUUGCAUAUAUCCUCCUGGUGAUGCAUUCCUACUUCAUAUUCCUCACUAAGGAGUGGUACAAGAGAACGGGAUGGAUGUACUUGGCAGUUCCUGUUCUCUUCUAUGCCUCCGAGAGAGCUACCAGAAGAAUUCGCGAAAAGAAUUACGGAGUGAGUGUCAUCAAGGCAGCAAUAUACCCAGGAAAUGUGCUCUCUCUUUACAUGAAGAAGCCAGCAAGUUUCAAAUACAAAAGUGGGAUGUACCUCUUUGUAAAAUGCCCAGAUGUGUCGCCUUUUGAAUGGCAUCCCUUCUCCAUCACUUCUGCACCUGGAGACGAUUAUUUGAGUGUACAUAUCCGAACAUUAGGUGACUGGACAACAGAACUAAGGAAUGUAUUUGGGAAGGCCUGUGAAGAAGAAGUUAGUUCCAAGAAGGCCACACUUUCAAGACUUGAAACCACAGUCAUAGCAGAAGGUCGGGGAGAGGAUACUAGGUUUCCCAAGAUCUUCAUAGAUGGCCCUUUCGGUGCACCUGCUCAAAAUUACAAGAAAUAUGACAUUCUUUUUCUUAUUGGGCUUGGAAUCGGUGCAACUCCGUUCAUCAGCAUACUGAAGGAUCUCCUGCACAACCUUAAGUCCAGUCAAGAGAUGCAAAGCAUGCAGGACGAGGAGUCAGGCGGCACCUUUAAGAGCAAUGGGCCAAGCCGAGCUUACUUCUACUGGGUUACUAGGGAACAGGGCUCCUUUGAAUGGUUCAAAGGUGUCAUGAAUGAAGUUGCUGAAAGCGAUCGUGAUAAUGCAAUCGAGAUGCACAACUACCUGACCAGUGUGUAUGAGGAAGGCGAUGCAAGGUCAGCUCUGAUUGCCAUGGUUCAAUCCCUCCAACACGCAAAAGACGGUGUGGACAUCGUAUCGGGCAGCAAGAUCCGGACACAUUUCGCAAGGCCAAACUGGAGAAAGGUGUACUCUGAUUUGGCCAAUACCCACAAGAACGCUCGUAUAGGUGUUUUCUACUGCGGAUCUCCAACGCUCACAAAAACACUCAAGGACCUUGCAAUAGAAUUCAGCCACACAACAACAACGCGGUUCCAUUUCCACAAGGAGAACUUCUAAGGUCAGGAAAGAAAGAAAUUUGGUAGCGUCCUAGCAUCGUGUAGCAGCUCUAGCUCUGCAAGUGUUGCCGGGAGCUGGGGCACAUAUUGGUGUACAAACUACAUGGAGUUUAAAGUAUGUGGCAUUAGUUAGCGCUGCUUCCGUGCAUAGAUAGGAGGAGGAAAUUCAUGUAUUUUUCUUGUUUCACCAGUCAGAUUGCUUCUUAGAAAAAUUUGGAACUUGAACAGGCAAUUGGCUCGGUUCAAAAUUGAUUGGAUCGAGUUUGACGUUGGCUCAAAA